AUCCAAAAUUAAUAAAUACAUAAUUGUUGGCAAAAACAAAUGAAAGCAAAGAAUUAAUUAAAUUUAAAGUAACGAAUUUAAGAAUGGAGAAAUAUGGACAAGUUUUCUUGACAUCAAAAAGAACUUUUAUAGUAAUUUGUACACAUUGUGAAAAAACGCUAGAAGAUUAUAAGGAUUUCUUAAGUCAUGUUUUGGAAGAUCACAUAGAUCCACUUUCAUGUAACAAGUUUGAAAAUAUAAUUAAAACUGUAGAUUUAUGUGAUGUAAAUAACGAAAAAUCGCAAUGUGUUAUCUACAAUUCUAAAUCAAUCAUGCAAAUUGAUGUAAGUGUUAAAAAAAAUGGAGAAGAUAAUGACAGUUUGGGAAGUGAUUCAACUCAUCACUCCAACAUCGACAAGGAAAAUUGCAAAAACCCGAUUGAAGAUGGGUUAAUACAGAAUACAAUAUGUAAUAAAUAUUACAGUUUUAAAAAUAGUUGUUGUUCUAUCUGUUCCUUAAAAUAUGGAAGUUUGGCACAACAUAAAAAAUGUAACCACAAAGAUUAUUACGAAAAUAAAAAAAAGUCAGAGGAAACCAUUAUAAAGAGUGAAGCUCUCGAUUCUAAAGAAAAAACUAAAAAUGAAGUUGUAAAUCAAAGCACUUUAAAUAAAAAUAAUAAAAAUGAGACUCAGGUACGUUGCUUAUACUGCGGAGAAUCAUUUUCUCCAGGAUAUUUUGAGGCGCAUCAGCGCCAGAGGAAGUGUGGAAAGUGUCCUCUAUGUUUUUUAAUUGUAGCAGAUUUAUAUAGACACUUUCCCAAAUUUCAUAAAGAAUACGUGGAAGAAAAAAAAAGUUUGUGCGAACAGAUUGUGAAAAGAUUACCUCUCACUGAAGAAGAACUAUUAACGAAAAACAUAAAGAAUGAAACUCAAGGAAAUUUUAGUCCCUUAAAAAAAACUACAAGAAAUUUAGAUAUUAAACUUUCAUGUAUUUAUUGUGAAAUGAUAUUUAAACGCGAAACACAUUAUAUGAAACAUAUAAAACAACACGAAACAAAGUCGGACACCUGUGAAUUUUGUGGAAAGCGAUUUAAACACAUAUCCCGCUUGAAAACUCAUUUAAGAUUGCAUACCGGUGAAAAACCAUACAAAUGUGAAACAUGUUCUGCAUCAUUUAAUGAAAGUGGUAAUUUAAAGGAUCAUUUCAUAAAUCGGCACACAGAAGGUUUGAACUUGAAGUGUACAUAUGACAACUGUAAUAAAAUAUUUAAAACAAAGGCGAGAAGAAGAUAUCACGAACAAUACACUCACAAUAACAAGUACAAAAAUUUAUGCAAAGAAUGUGGUUUAACCUUUAAGAAUUCAGGUUCAUUGAAUGAACACACAAAAAAGAAGCAUAUUAAAUAUGAAGACAGACCGUUUCCUUGUAAAUUUUGUGAAAAGAGAUUUGCUUUCAAAUUUGAAUUAACACCUCAUGAAAUGAUGCAUCUAAGGAAAAACCGAUACCACUGUGAAAUUUGCUCUAAAGGAUUUAUAGCUAGAAAAUCUUUUGAUAGACAUUGCCGUACUGUCCAUGGAACCGCAGCUAAUAUAGUAAUUAAAACAGAUAACAAAGAUGCCAUACGAUGUAAAAGAUGCGAUCAACUAUAUUAUAUUUUAGAAAAUUUCAAAAGACAUACAGCGCACAGAAAAUGUGGAUAUUGUCCAGUUUGUUCUUUGCCAAAAGCAGAUGUAUACGCACAUGUGAAGCGCUUCCACACAGAAUAUUAUGAAAAUAAAAGGAAGUUAGGUGAACCUGUUAGGGGAAUAAUUAAAAUUUUUGAAUCAAAUGAUGAAAUUGGAACAUUAUUUCCUGUCAAAACUAAAAAUUCAGGCAUCCUCUACCAAAACGAUGAUAAAAAUGAAAAUGUUGAAACCACUAAAUUAGAGUGUGAAAAAGCGAAUUCUAAUUCUUUAUUUGAAAAAUUAGGCACGAAAAUUGGAACAAGUUUAAAAAGAAAUUACGAAAACUAUUUUUCAGAAAGUGACGAUUCAAGUCAUCUAACGAAUGAUAAAACAGAAAACGAAAAUUAUGAUAAUAAUCUAAUUAACAAUGAACCUAUACAUUGUUCAAGAUGCGAUCAACCUUAUUAUAUUUUAGAAAUCUUUGAAAGACAUAAAGAGCGUAAAAAGUGUGGAUAUUGUCCAGUUUGCUCUUUGCCCAAGGCGGAUGUAUACGCUCAUAUAAAACGCUUUCAUAAAGCCUAUUACGAAAAUAAAAAAAUGUUAGGAGAACCUACUUGGGAAAGAAAUAAAAUUCAGAAAUUAAAAAGUGGAGAAACUGAAACGUCGCUUUCUACGAAAAAUUCAAACCUCAGGAAUCUCGAUCAAAUAAAUGAUGAAAAUAAAAUCCAUCUAGCAUGCAUAUACUGCGGUGAACUUUUUUCGCCAAUAAACUUAGAAGCACAUAAACAAGAAUACAGGUGUGGAAAAUGUACUUUAUGUUUUUCCAUCGUUGGAGAUUUGAAUACACAUAUGACAAAAUAUCACAAGGAAUAUGCAGAAGAAAAGAAGUUAUUAAAGGAAAAGCUUUUUAAAAGGGUUCCACUUUCCGAAACAGACUUAAUAAUGAAGAGAAUAGAGCAGGAAUCUCAAACAAAAAAUGCAAAUCGAUUAAAAAAUAUUUCAAAUGGUUUUGUUAGAAAAUGCAUAUAUUGUAGCAGAAUAUUUAAGACGGCAACUACUUAUAAUAAGCACAUAAAACAGCAUGAAGAAAAUAAUAUUUGUAAAUUUUGCGAAAAACGUUUUUUGCGAUUUGACCAAUUAAAGAAACAUUUGCUUAUACAUACUGGAGAAAAACCGUAUAAAUGCAAAAUAUGUCCUGUAUCAUUUUCUGUAAGUAGUAACUUGAAAGAGCACAUUUUAACUAGACAUACAGAAGGUUUAAAUUUGAAGUGCUCCUAUGAGAAUUGUGAUAAAGUAUUUAAAACAAAAGCAAGAAGAAGAUACCAUGAAGUUUACGCGCAUACUAGCAAAUACAGAAGAAUGUGCAAGGACUGUGGGUUAAUAUUUCGAACGUCAGGUGCAUUAAAUGAGCAUGUAAAAAAAAAGCAUAUGAAAUAUGAAGAUAGACCAUUUUCUUUUAGUAGAUUAAAAAUGAAACCCUACGGUCAAGUUUUUUUAAGAGAAAAUAAAAUCUUUUUCAUAACUUGUACUCGUUGUGAACAAGAAAUAAUUGACUAUAGUGAAUUUCAGCAGCAUGUCUUAAAGUUACAUCUAGAUCCGCUGUGUACAGAAAAAGAAAUAGGCACUAAUAAUUCUAAAGAAAAGGGGAUAAAAGAUAGAAGUAUAAUUAAAAACGCCAAUAAUUCGGAAUGCACCGAAAGAGAGGUGAAACUAGAGAAUGUGGAAGAAUAUGAAAAGGAAAAUGAAUCCAACUGGGGAGAAACCACUUUUUCAGCAGAUGAAAUGAAAAAAGAGGAAUUUUCGGAAAAUGACGAUCAAUCUAUGGAUGACGUGGGUCAGUAUGAUUUUGAAGAAGUAAAUUAUGAAGUUGAAGAACCACUGAUUGAAAUUAAGGGUCAAAUGCAGGAGGAUCAGGAUGAAGUUUCUAUUAAUGAUAAUUCUGAAAAUGGUGUAUGUGAGCAUUGUGACAAAGCAUUUCCUGUUGAUAUACUAGAAAAACACAAAGCACGUAAAAAAUGUGGGCCUUGUCCUGUCUGUUCUUAUAAAUAUACGGAUUUAUAUAAACAUUUGAAAACAAACCAUGUAGAAUAUUGUGAGGAAAAGAGGCGCUUAAGAAAAGCUAUAAUUCCUGGAAAGGGUAGUUCUGGGGUGAAAAGUGGUCAAAAGAAGCAAUCAAGUAAGAAAAUUAACCCUGAAAAAGAAGAAUUUGUUAUCACGAAUAAUGAAGAACUAGAGAAAAAUGAUCAAACGGAGGAGGAAAAGGAAGAAGAAAGCGCACCCGAAAACUAUGAAGGAGAGAAAACAAUGUGCAAUUACUGCGGAAAAUCAUUCUCAGUAAAAACAUUCGAAUCACAUAAAGCACGUAGAAAAUGUGGGAAAUGUCCCGUAUGCUUUAUGGUGGUUCCAGAUGUUUAUGCACACGUUCCAAAUUACCACAAAGAGUACAGUGAAGAAAAACGACGCUUAGGAGAAUAUGUUGUUAAAAGAUUGCCGAUAAUUGGUGAAAAAACUUUCGAUAAACCAGAUAAAAUACUAACUUGUACAUAUUGCGAGAAAAUUUUUAAAACAGAGUUAUUUUAUAAGCAACAUGUCAUUAAGCAUGAACAAUUUUUGAAUACCUGCAAAGAAUGUGGUAUGAGUUUUCAGUAUUCAUCUGGAUUAAAGAAACAUUUAAGAAAACAUACAGAUGAUCGACCUUUUAAAUGUAAAAUAUGUCCUGCAACAUUUAAUAACGAUGGUAGUUUAAAAGCUCAUAUAUCAAAUAAGCAUACUACUGGUCAAAAGGUGAAAUGUACAUUCGAAAAUUGUGGUAAAAUAUUUAAAAGUAAAGAACGAAAGCGGUACCAUGAACUUUACGCUCAUUAUAAUGAGUGCAAGCAUUUAUGCGUAGAUUGUGGACUCAGAUUCAAAACUUCAGGUGCGUUAAACAAACACUCAAAAACUAUACAUCUAAGUUAUGAAGACAGAGAAUUCACAUGCAAGUUUUGUAAUUUAAAAUUUGCUUUUAAAUAUGAGCUUGAUCCACAUGAAAUGCUACAUUUGGGACAGAAAAGAUACUUGUGUGAAUUUUGCACAAAAGGUUAUGGAAAAAAAUCUCAUUUACGUAGGCACUGCCAAUCGAUACAUGGUAGAGAUAUUGAUUAAUGCAAUAAUUUUAGUUUUAAGAGUUGUAAGAAUAGAAAUGUUUUAGUGUAUUAUCAAAAAUUUAAUUUCUGAAAUUAAAUUAUUUGUUAUUUAACUCUCAUAAGGUUUAGGUUCUCAUUUAUUGUCAACAAUUUUGUUGCG